AUGGCAUCACCUGUCUUGCACGCCCUCAUCACUAGCUUGCACCUCGAGUUUCAAGAGGGGGGUAGGGAGAGCGAUGCUACUUCCGCGGAGGAUCUUCUCACACUCCAUCUGGACGAGGACAGCCGCACCUUGGCGGCGCUAUUGGGGAUGUGCUAUCCCGCGGAACGCUUCACGUUCCAUGACUUCGGUGUAGUCAAAGUUGUCCUAGACGCUGCGCAGAAGUAUGAAAUAGAAAUGGCGAUAUCGUCCAUCAAGAAGCAGUGGACAUCACUCGCUGAGGCUGAGCCACUGCGAGAAUAUUUUGCCGCUUGGCAUCAUAAGUUGGACGAAUGCGCCAGAGAUGCUGCGUACAGCGCGCUGAAGUACCCGAUUGACGUACCUACGUUUCGGAGAUGGAGAGCGCACCCGCGCAGGUGUAUCGUCGGCUACUGUUCUACCAUCGGUCUUGCCAGAGCAGUGUAUCAUCUGUUCUGA